CGCCACAUUCGCCACUGGAAAUCACAAUAAACUUCCAGUGCCCAGAGAAGUAGACCUGCCACGUCGAAAUCCCGAUUUUCACCCCCAAAUCUGCUGAAAAUCCCCUUUCCGGCUGCACCAACAUCAUGGGAGUGACACACAGCGUCUCCGUGCCCGGUGGAGGCACCGAGGGAUACCACGUAUUGCGGGUGCAAAGCAACUCGCCAGGUGAGCGAGCGGGUCUGGAGGCUUUCUUCGACUUUAUCGUGGCCAUCGGGAACACACGACUGGACCAGGAUAAUGACACACUCAAGGAGUUGCUGAAAGUGAACGCCGAGAAGGAGAUCAAGAUGAUUGUGUACAGCAGCAAAACCCAGACAGUCCGGGAAGUCAGUAUAACACCGAGCGCCAAGUGGGGCGGCACAGGACUGCUGGGCGUCAGUAUAAGGUUUUGCUCCUUCGAGGGAGUCAACGAGAACGUUUGGCAUAUUUUAGAAGUGCAUCCUUCAUCCCCCGCGGAAGAGGCUGGUCUGCGGUCCUUCUCGGACUACAUCAUCGGCGCUGACUCGGUGCUGCACGAGAGUGAGGAUCUGUUCACGCUGAUUGAGUCCCACGAGGGACGUCCGUUGAAGAUGUACGUGUACAACACAGAAGACGACGCGUGCCGGGAGGUUUCGAUCAAGCCCAACACCAAGUGGGGCGGCGAGGGCAGUCUGGGAUGUGGCAUUGGCUACGGCUAUCUGCACAGGAUUCCCGUGCGGACGAUGCCGGAGGAGCGAAAACCGCUCUUCCGCAUGCCAAUCGCCGUGGAGAGUGUUCCCGCGACGAAUGUGACGACGCCUCCGCUCGUGGCCGCCGCGUUUCCCAGCUCGCCGGAGCCCACGAUCCCCUUCGUGCCACCACUCACCAACACAUUCCCCAACGUGAGUGGCACGACGAACGGGGAGACGCCGACGGCGGAAGUGACGUCAGUGAGCGUGCCGACGCCCGUGAAUCCGGCCGUGAGCAGCCUGGGAGCGCCCACGGUGGCCACGAGCGCCAUUCCCGGCGUGAUCAACACGAGCCAGCUGUUCAGCGGCGUGGCCAGCACAGCGCCGGACCCGUUCGCGAGCGUGGCGCCGGUGCCGAUGUACGCCACACAGCAGAUACCGGCGCCGGCGCCCAUUCACCACAUCCCGGCCUUCAGCAGUACGGCGCCGCACUUCGCGCCCGCCUUCCCCCUCAUGGACGCCCAGCCGCCGCUGCAGACGGUCUCCACGUAUCCGCAAGUGGGCACGGCCCUCACGACGCCCAUCGCACUGCCCGGCAUGCCUCCCAUCACUGUGAGCGCCACCAUCCCGCCGCAGGCGCUGUUCCCCUCCUUCUCGGCCGCCGCGACGCCUCUCACGCCGCCCCAGAACUGAGCUGCGCC